UAUCAUUGCUGUGAGAAGGAUUCGCGAUGGGAGGGCAAAUAUCAUCGCAGAUGUCGGGCUAUACAGCGCAAAAGUCUAUCUCCAGACUCAUUCGAACAUGGCACCAUCGUUUGCCUUACGUGUUCGUGUUGUUUAUGUCUUCAUUGUGUCCAUAGCGACCCGUAUUUCAGCUCAAUUAUCAUGUGUGUGUUCUUAUGAUCAUAUAUCUCCCAAGUGCCAUCCUUGCCUCUUCUUUCCCACCGUUCCCCCUCUCACUGUACCCCUCUCCCUCCUCAUUCAUUGAGUCCCUAAACGUUCUAACCCCACCUUACCUUGCAAAGAAAGCUCUUGAAUUUUUAAAGGGUCGUCCCAGAGAGAACAGACCGGGAGGAAGGGAGUUACCCCAGGAUGGCGAGAGCGAACUGGCAGGGAUAAAUGAGAGACGCGACAGCAAGGCUUCCGCAGUUUGUGUUGGAUGUCACAACGAUGCCAUAAGGAAGAGAAAGUUGUAGCAGAUUGUUGUUCUACGAUAUGUUACGGCCAUCUUCAGUUUGGCAUAGGAAGUUUGCAUAUCUAAGGUGAUACUUUCUGAAGAGUAAGGGACUACGGUGAAACAUCGCCAGUCAUGCCAGAGAAAAAGAAGAAACCGGAACCGACCGGUAACCACGUUUCGGUGGAGAUGGAAAUGGCGGAUAUGGUCGGAAAGCCAUUGGGUGGACAGGUGGGCUCCCACCCUCUCCCAGUGAGGAAGAAGUCGUCAGAGUCGAUGACGUCAGAUCCCGACCUCUACUACAGCGUAGAGGACCUGAGGUCAGAGCCUCCACCUGGAGAGCCAGUAUCCAAUAGAAUUAGGCCGAUGCUCGGGCAGGGAAAGCAUGAAGCCGGUGCCUUGUUUUUCAAAGAUGGCUACCGCAGGAUAGAUUACGUCCUGGCGUACCCUGUCCCGAGGAGGAAGCACCCCGUCAAGGUCGAGCACAAGCCCGAGGACGACUCCUCCGCCUUCCACCCUGAGGGCGAGGACCAGAAGGCCAGGAGGAGGCGGGAGUUCGAGAAAAAUCUCAUCGAAGCCGGCCUUGAUCUUGAGAGAGAUGAUGAGGGUGCUAGGACGAAAAAGUGUGUGACUGCCUUGCUAAGUCAGCUGCACGGGAGUCAGAUCGCUUCCAGGGAGCCGACAAAGGACCAUGGGAUGUGCUUUGUACGGCUCCACGCCCCCUGGAAGGUUCUGUCUCAAUAUGCAGAGAUCUUGAAAAUCAAGAUGCCAACAAAAAAGAUCUAUGAGAUAAAGGAGAGGGCAGGCAUCAAAGCGAAGGCGUAUGCCCUGUGGAGGAAGACCAUCCGACCCCUCCAGCCUUCUGCCCAAGCCAAGCAGGUCGACAAGGAGCCUUAUAAACACAUCUCCUACACCUUCAGCAGGGAUAAGGAGCACAUGUUCCUCAUUGAAAAUAGAGACACUUUCUUCCUCCCAUCGACUAGAAGUCUCAUUGUUCAUGAGAUACUGAAGAGGACACGAUACAGUCAGAAGGAUUAUGCAAUAGGUAUCACCAACUUGAUAGCACAAGGAGUAUACACUGCUGCAUACCCAUUGCACGAGGGUGAAUUUGAAGGGGACACAAACAUACCACCUAACCCAAGACAGAUGCUUUUUGAUGAGUGGGGAAGCUACAGCAAGUUUGUCAAGUUUCAGCCGCUCAACUUGAUAAGAAACUACUUUGGAGAGAAGAUAGGCAUGUACUUUGCUUGGCUGGGCUUGUACACAAAGUUGCUGAUACCCUCAUCGUUCGUGGGGCUGAUCGUUUUCUUGUACGGUGUCUUCACUAUGGACGACAAUGUUCCAAGUGACGAAGUGUGUGAAGCAUACAACAUCACCAUGUGUCCCCUGUGUGAUCGCGAGUGCAAAUACUGGAGACUUUCAGACAGUUGUAAGUCAGCUAGAUUUAGUCACUUAUUUGACAAUGAAGUGACAGUGUUUUUCUCUAUAUUCAUGUCACUAUGGGCCACGUGGUUUUUAGAGAACUGGAAGCGGAAACAGAUGGAGUUGAACUAUGCAUGGGACUUGUCAGGCUUUGAAGAAGAGGAGGAACAACCCAGGCCUGAGUAUGAAGCAAGACUUGUCAAACACAGGAUAGAGCAAUCGGACAAGACGAAGACAGAGAAAAAAGUUUAUGUCAGUUCGAUUUUGUACACCGUGUCUUUGUCAAAGUCCAUCUUUAAGGACCACUUCGAGAUUGUUGAACUGGGUGAAGAAGUGAAGUUACCGAAGAAACAGACACUGUUUGCUGUGGGUGUGUCAUCAGUUACCAUCUUAACCAUGUUCACUGUGACGUUGGCAGCGGUGUUUGCCGUCAUCAUGUACCGUUUGUCGGUGGCCUCAGCGCUCGCCAUCUACCCCAACUCUGGGCAGAUUGUGUCAGGGACUGCCGUCACACUCAACCUUAUCGUCAUCCUCAUUCUGGACGAGAUCUAUGGCAGUGUGGCAGCCUUCCUGACCCAACUGGAGUGUCCGAGGACUGAAACAGAAUAUGAAGACAAACUCAUCUUCAAGCUCUUCCUCCUCAAAUUUGUCAAUUCGUAUGCUUCCAUUUUCUAUGUGGCCUUCUUUAAGGGCAGGUUCAUGGGCCGCCCUGGACAAUACAUCUAUGCAGCACCUGGCCUACGCAUGGAAGAGUGUGGGCCGGGAGGAUGCCUUUAUGAGCUGUGUAUUCAGCUGUCCAUCAUCAUGGCUGGCAAACAGCUCAUUCAAAACAAUGUGAUGGAGAUCGGGAUGCCAAAACUCAAGAAGUUUCUGCGAGAAUGCACGUGUUUCGGCCUGUGCAAGGAGCGUGCGGAGAGAGCGGAGGACAAGGCCGGCCCGCGAGACACGCGUUGGGAGGAGGACCUCGUCUUGGAACCAUUCAGUGGACUGUCACCUGAGUAUCUGGAGAUGAUCAUCCAGUUUGGUUUUGUGACGAUUUUCGUGGCCUCCUUCCCGCUAGCGCCGCUGCUGGCCCUCGUCAACAACGUUCUAGAGAUAAGACUCGAUGCACGAAAAUUUGUACAGGAGCUUCGCAGGCCCAUGGCCGAAAGGGCAAAGGACAUAGGCAUUUGGUACAACAUUUUGAAGGGAAUCACCAAGAUUUCUGUCAUUGUGAAUGCCUUUGUGAUUGCCAUUACGUCCAACUUCAUCCCGAGGACGGUGUACCAGUACAUGUACAGUCCUGACGGUUCGCUCCACGGCUUCAUCGACUGGUCGCUCUCAACUUUCAACGUGUCCGACUUCGAGCCGGGCAGUGAACCAAGGGACAACAGAUCUCUGGGAGAAGUAGUCCAAUUUUGCAGAUAUCGAGACUUCAGGGAUGCUCCUUGGGAGGCUGAGCCGUACAAGUACAACCUAGCAUACUGGCACAUCUUUGCUGCCAGAUUAGGCUUUGUUAUAUGUUUCCAGAAUGUUGUGAUUUUUCUUAAGGACUUCAUCGCCUGGCUUAUUCCGGACGAAGUCAAAGAAAUCAAAGAACGUCAGAGAAGAGAAAAACGCAUCAUCAUGGAAAUGUUACUUGAGGAAGAGAGGCGGAUGCGGCAACAUUACUACGCAACCGACCACCACCAUUCAAACGGUAAAAUCAGCCAAAACGGUUUCUUGGAGAAUCACUUAGCGAGUGAGUUUGCAAGCGCGGAAGAAUUUGAUGCCAAUAGUAUAGAAACGCAGGUAUGAAAGGUAUGCACAAUCUUAAAGAACUCUUGUACAACACAGUUUGUUGGCUUGAAUUAUGACAUCUAUGUUGUCGAAUACUGCUAAGGAGAGUUCGAAAACGUUUAGUAGAUAUGAGAGUAAAUUGUAUGCUUCCCAACAUAGCUAACUACAGAAACAGAAUAUUUACAAUUGUACAGAAUAUUUACAAUUGUACAAGGUACAGGGAAGAGACGUACAUGUAUCAAUGAAAACAAC